CCAGGUCAGUGUGAGGAGGUCCGGCUAGUGGACUGCUGACUCUGUGUUCCGAGGCUGGGACUGGGUUCUACAAGCGGUGGGCCGGAAGCCCGCGCGUCCUCGGGAACUACCCUGUUCCCUCCCUCCUGUGCGCGGCCCCACGGGCUCGGGAAAAGGGGCCGCCCAAAGGCGGGCUGGGAUUGGAGGAAGCUGCGUGAGGCUUUGAGGCACCUGACUCCAGGCUUUUCGGAGCUGGCGUGGCCAGGACCCUUUUUCUUUAGACGGAAAUCUAGGGUCUGAGACCUGGGUCUGAACGCUCCGCCUUGAUCCUUCAGCGGUUGGAAGGAUCGAGCUGGAGCCGCGACCCUGCCGUUGUUUUCCUUCCAGCAUGAACCUCUGGGCCCGCCGCGCCUGGCCUGGAAGAAGAGCUCUCUCACCCUGGACACGUCCCUUAGCAGCUUCAGCUCGUCCUUGAGGAGGAUGUUGGAGACAUCAUGGGCCACGCGCUUUGUAUCUGCUCCCGGGGAACUGUCCUCAUUGACAAUAAGCGCUACCUCUUCAUCCAGAAGCUGGGGGAAGGCGGGUUCAGCUAUGUGGACCUAGUGGAGGGGUUACAUGAUGGACACUUCUACGCCCUGAAGCGAAUCCUGUGUCAUGAGCAGCAAGACCGAGAGGACGCCCAGCGAGAAGCAGACAUGCAUCGCCUCUUCCAUCACCCCAACAUCCUGCGCCUUGUGGCCUACUGUCUGAGGGAGCGGGAUGCCAAGCAUGAGGCCUGGCUGCUGCUGCCCUUCUUUAAGAGGGGUACACUGUGGACUGAGAUUGAAAGGCUCAAGGACAAAGGCAACUUCCUGACUGAGGAUCAAAUUCUUCAGCUACUGCUGGGCAUCUGCAGAGGCCUCGAGGCCAUUCAUGCCAAGGGUUAUGCCCACAGAGACCUGAAACCCACCAACAUCUUGCUUGGAGAUGAAGGGCAGCCAGUUUUAAUGGACUUGGGUUCCAUGAACCAAGCGUGCAUCCAUGUGGAGGGAUCCCGCCAGGCGCUGACCCUGCAAGACUGGGCAGCCCAGCGGUGCACCAUCUCCUACCGGGCCCCAGAGCUCUUCUCCGUGCAGAGUCACUGUGUUAUUGAUGAGCGCACUGAUGUCUGGUCCCUAGGCUGUGUGCUUUAUGCCAUGAUGUUUGGGGAAGGUCCGUAUGACAUGGUGUUCCAGAAGGGUGACAGCGUGGCCCUUGCUGUGCAGAACCAACUCAGCAUUCCACAGAGCCCCAGGCAUUCAUCAGCAUUGCGGCAGCUGCUGGCUUCCAUGAUGACUGUGGACCCACAGCAGCGCCCUCAUGUCCCUCUCCUCCUCAGUCAGUUGGAGGCAUUGCAGCCCACAGCGCUUGGCCAGCACACUACCCAGAUCUGAACAGCCCAGUGUCUGCAUUGAGAAGGUGGCCCCUCUCGUGCCUUGGGAAGAGGCUCCUAUCCUGCAAUGGAAUCUCCAUCUGUUCUAUUCAGGAUCACUCUUCUAUAGUUAGGAGCUGGGGUGGGGACAGUCAUCUCAAUCUCACAUCUUUUCCUCUGCUCUCUUAACACCCAGGGUUCCUAAUUCCCCAGCCCAAUCAAGGGGCCUGACUUCUUCAGGGGUGGGCAUGGAGGAAGGAGAAGGGAAGCCGAGAGAAUGUGCUACUUGGGUCUAAGCAUGACUGCUUAAUUCACAUCAUGUUCUGCCUCCAAGUCUGGGAGCAGGAGAAUGUAUCAACAGAAGAAUAAAGUGAAGCAGGUCGGAGUGGC